AACGAAGACGGCCAAAAUCUGGCCGUUAUGACAAUGCCACCACAUUUGGUCGGUUGGGUGUGGCGGCCGAGUUGAGCUACAGUAUGGAAUAUGCCCGUAGACGGACUGAGAAUAUUGUUAGAGAACUAUGGUACUUUGUUCACGACCAGCUGAAAGAUCUCAACAAAAAAAUAGCAGCUGAAAAAGAGAUGAAUAAUAAUAAUAAUGAUGAUACGGCUCAACGAGCAUUGGCUGACGCCUUGACCAUGUUGAGAGAAGCCGACCAUUCGGAAAAAGCCCGAAAGCAAAUGUCCAGGGAAUUGGGCAGUUUAGUUCGGCGUUGGUUAGACUUCAUUCAGAACCCCAAGAAUUGUCGGAACGCACAGAGGGUCGCCUGCGCCAUCAAACCCUGCGGUUUCGGCUGCAACUUCCACCACUACGUCUACUGCCUGAUCACGGCGUAUGCCACCAACAGGACUUUGCUGAUCAUAACUCCACCAUCUUGGGCGACCUUACUGCAACCUGCCAGUUCUACGUGCUCUUUGACUGACCCCAAACCACCUGCCUUGUCCGCGGAAACCGCUGACGGACACUUCAGCCCACUACUAAACGAAAGCUCGCACGCUAAUCUCUCUGAUUACCAAGAGAUGUCUCAGGUUGAAAUGUUGCCGUUUAUCGACGAGCUGGACGAAGAAAGCCGGGAGCACGUUCCGUUGUCCGUCCCCAAAGAUCUGGCCGACAAAUUAGCCACAUUUCAUGGAAACCCGGCCGCGUGGUGGGUUGGUCAAGUUGCCUCCUAUCUGUUCCAGCCGACGUCGCUUUUAAUGACACCUAUUGUGGGUGUUCACGUUCGGAGAACCGACAAACUCCUAUCGGAAGCAUCUUAUCAUUCUCUUGAAGAAUACAUGCUUCAUGUGAAAGACUACUACGAUCAGCUAGAACGAUCCCAACCAGUUGCUACACGAAGGGUAUUCCUAGCCACCGACGACCCCACACUACUGCCCGAAGCUGAAGAGAAAUACCCCAACUAUUCAUUUUUAAGUGAGGCCAACGCCUCAAAGGUUCCAGUGGAUGAGCGAGAACUUGAGAAUUCUGUUAGAGGUAUAGCGACCGACAUCUUUUUUCUUUCGAGAACCGAUUUCCUUGUGUGUACAUUCUCUUCUCAGGUCUGUAGAUUGGCGUACGAGUUAAUGCAAACGCAGCACGGAGAUGCUUCUGCGAAGUUCCGUUCAUUGGAUGACAUAUAUUAUUUUGGCGGACAGCUAAAUCACCAGAUGGUCGCUGUGGAAUCGUACCAGGCGUACUGGGAGGAUACUAUCAGUCUGGAGAAGGGUGACACGAUUUUGGUGGCGGGAAACCAUUGGAAUGGAUUCUCUAGGGGCUUUAAUGAGCGAACGUCUCAGGAAGGAUUGUAUCCUUCGUAUGCAGUGGAGGACACGGUGGCCUCGUAUCCAAUGCCACUGUAUUCCAAUGUCCACUGA